AUAAGCACCCUUGCCGCAUACAGGCGGUCCACGCGCUAAAAAAGUUCGGCUUUGUCCCCAGUCACUCCACGACGCCCUUGCCCUCCGGUACCGGUUUCGUCUCUCUCUUUGUCAAACCCGAACAUCACCAAAAGGCGCACCGGCAUCUACGGACGGAAUUGUGUUCUUUGCAUAUUACCCCGUCGUACAUCUUGCAACAGCUCGGCCUAGCCCUGUUCACCACUGCUGCUACCACCUCCCGACGCCUUUCCGCUGCCAUGCGUUCUUCCUUCGCCAUCCGCCGUGCUCUCUUGAGCUCGGCCAGGGCCACGCGCAUUACUGCUGCUGCUCCUAGCCAUGCUGCCCGAUUCUACAGUGCCAAAUCGCAGGCGACAAAGUUGAAGGACCUUGAUGCUUCCAAGCUCUCCAUCACCAAGGCUACCAAGCCCAAGCCGCUUUCCAAGCCCGAGGACCUCGUCUUUGGCAAAAUGUUUACAGACCACAUGCUCGCCAUCGAAUGGGAUGCCACCGAGGGCUGGCGUGAGCCUCGCAUUACCCCUUACCAGAACCUUUCUCUCGACCCGGCGACUUGCGUCUUCCACUACGCCUUUGAGUGCUUCGAGGGCAUGAAGGCAUACAAAGAUAAGGACGGCAAGGUUCGUCUCUUCCGCCCGGAGAAGAACAUGGACCGCUUCAACAAGUCGUCUGCCCGUAUCGCCCUUCCUACUUUUAACUCCGAGGCUCUCAUUGAGCUCAUCUCCAAGUUUGCCCAGCUCGAGUCUCGAUUUAUCCCCGACCAAAAGGGUUACUCGCUGUACCUCCGCCCGACCAUGAUUGGUACUCAGAAGACCCUUGGUGUUGGUACCCCCCAGUCCGCUAUGUUGUUUGUUAUUGCUUCGCCCGUUGGCCCUUACUACCCCACCGGCUUCAAGGCCGUUUCGCUAGAGGCUACAGAUUACGCUGUCCGCGCAUGGCCCGGUGGUGUUGGUGACAAGAAGCUUGGUGCAAACUACGCCCCCUGCAUUGUUCCUCAGCAGCAGGCUGCAAGCAGAGGUUUCCAACAAAACCUUUGGCUCUUCGGAGAAGAGGAGUACGUUACUGAAGUCGGCACCAUGAACAUGUUUGCUGCUAUCAAGGAUAAGAAGACUGGCCAGAAGGAGCUUGUCACUGCCCCUCUUGACGGAACUAUUCUCGAGGGUGUCACUCGUGACUCUGUUUUGCAGCUUGCUAGAGAGCGCCUUGUUCCUGAAGGCUGGAAGAUUAGCGAGCGCAAGUACACGAUGUUUGAGCUUGCUGAAGCGUCUAAGGAGGGCAGAUUGAUUGAGGCAUUCGGUGCUGGCACUGCCGCCAUUGUCAGCCCCAUCCGUGCCAUCUCAUGGAAGGGUGACCUCGUUGACUGCGGUCUCAAGGCCAACGAGGAGUCUGGUGAGAUUGCUCUCAGAAUGAAGGACUGGAUUGAGGGUAUUCAAUAUGGCGAGGAGCCUCACAAGUGGAGCUAUGUUACCCCCGAGUAAACAGAUGUAAAGUUAAAAUAGUGAUCAAAAAAACAAGUAACAUGCUAUACACAGAUCCAUGUGUUGCCUUGUACCUGUAAUACGUUUAUAACAAAGGGGGGGGGAACAAAGUACGGUGAAUGCUGUGAAUUAAUCGCCGUCUUCUAAUAAUAAAGGGAGCCCAAAGAUUUUCAUCCUUUGAGCAGCGCAAACAAAGGAAAUAAGUUGAUACCAUAUACACUGUUUUUGCCUCGCGACGAGGCGGUUUCCAUGUCAUUCCAUCUCUAAUGCCUGAUGCCCAAAAAAUUCUAUGCUUUACGAAUCCUUCUUGUCAUUUUCUGUUUCUGAAAUAACACCCUCGGCCUCGAGUCUUCUGCGGGCCUCUUCCAGAGCCCAGGUAGAAACGCUGUGAGUCAAUUGUUAACGCCAAUGCUGUCUGUUGCGGCAGUUUUGCAGGAUAUUUAUGCCAGUCCCUCGACAGGGCCGAGCUCAAUCCUACACUACCUGCAGGGCUGCACGCAUUUGAUGCCUCCAUCCCAUAUCGUUGUUCGCAUAGUCCUGAUAUCCGCGUCCUCAAAAACUAACCUUGUAUCGGGCUUGAAAGCAAUGGCGGCCGUGGCAACCAACAAGCUGCCGCAGAAAAGGUACAUGGGCCAUUCCCAUCCCUCGGGCUCAGGCUUCUCUCCGGGCUUGAUACCCCAGAGCCAGCCGCUGGGGGGCUCGAACUGAGCACCGCCGCCUAGUCGUUGGGCGGUGACUGAAAAGGACCUCGUGGCGACGGGCUGGCGGAGGCAGCGCACCGCUCGGAGCGGCGCGGCAGUGUGUCUGAUGAUGGCCAUUUCCCCAAAUAUAACGACUUUUGUGUGAUUCGGAGAUUCGAGAGGCGCGGGGCGGGGUCAAUUGGGCGUGGAUUGAAAAAGAUGCUGCGUCUGACGGUUGAGGG